CUCAACAACUGCCUCUCUCUCAACUCAAAGUCUCUUUUCUCUCUCACCGGUGAACAAAUCAACCUUCUCUCUCUCUCAGUCGAACUCAAAUUCGAACAAAUCAACUCUCUCUCUCUCUUACUCUCAAUCGAAGUGUCGAACGAAAGCAAUAUCUUCUCUUUCACUUAACAGAACUCAAACUCACUCGGCUUGCUCUCUCCACCCAUGGGGGCUCUGAGACUCCCCUCUCUCUCCUCCAUCUUCGCUUCUUCCUCUACUGCCAUCUCGUCCCGGUCGCCUUCGCUUUUCCGGCGGCACUGUCAGCUCCGCCUCCCUAUCCGGCGUAUCUCAGCCGCCAAUUUCUCUGCUCAGAGCACCGCCGAAAAAGAGCUUGCGCCAGGAAUUGAAGAUCCUGACGUGAACCAGAAGUCCCGAGUUCAAGAUAAAGACCGAGUCAUCACGCCUCGGUCUCAGGACUUCAAUGCUUGGUACCUUGACGUAAUCGCAAAAGCGGAGCUUGCUGAUUAUGGUCCGGUUCGGGGGACUAUGGUUAUCCGACCGUACGGGUACGCCAUUUGGGAAGCUAUUCAGGAGUAUUUGAAUGUUAAGUUCAAGGAGACUGGUCAUAGCAACAUGUACUUCCCACAGUUUAUACCAUACUCAUUUAUAGAGAAAGAAGCUAGCCACGUUGAGGGAUUUAGUCCAGAAUUAGCCCUUGUGACCAUUGGAGGAGGAAAGGAACUUGAAGAAAAACUUGUGGUUCGACCUACUAGUGAAACCAUUGUGAAUCACAUGUUUACUCAGUGGAUUCAUAGUUACCGUGAUCUUCCCCUUAUGAUCAAUCAGUGGGCAAAUGUCACAAGAUGGGAGAUGCGUACUAAACCGUUUAUCAGGACUCUAGAAUUUCUCUGGCAGGAGGGCCACACGGCCCAUGCCACUUUGGUGGAGGCGGAAAAAGAGGCAUUACAGAUGAUUGAUCUCUAUACAAAAUUUGCUUAUGAGCAAGCUGCAAUACCUGUCAUUGCAGGUCGAAAAUCAAGAGUGGAGACAUUUGCAGGGGCUUCCAAGACAUACACAAUUGAAGCUAUGAUGGGUGAUCGAAAGGCUUUGCAGGCUGGAACAAGCCAUAACCUUGGACAGAACUUCUCUCGUGCAUUUGAAACACAGUUCACUGAUGAAAAUGGACAAAGGGAACACGUAUGGCAGACAUCAUGGGCAAUAAGCACCCGUUUUGUUGGUGGUAUCAUCAUGACCCAUGGGGAUGAUGCUGGUUUAAUGCUUCCCCCAAGGCUAGCACCUGUGCAGGUGAUAAUUAUCCCGAUUUGGAAGAAGGACGACGAGAAGACAGGAGUUCUUAAUGCUGCAUUAUCUGUGAAAGAAGUAUUACAAACCGCGGGAAUCAAAGUGAAAAUCGAUGACUUUGAGCAGAGAACACCAGGAUGGAAAUUUAAUUUCUGGGAAAUGAAGGGAGUCCCUCUCAGGCUUGAAAUUGGUCCUCGCGAUGUCUCAAGUGGGAGCGUGGUUGCAUCUAGACGAGAUGUCCCAGGAAAACAAGGGAAAGUUUUUGGAAUAUCUAUGGAACCUUCAGUUUUGGUACCUUAUGUCAAAGAUAAGUUGGAUGAGAUCCAAUCAUCACUUUUGGGAUUGGCAACAUCUUUUCGAGAUAGUAAUAUUGUGGAUGUCAGCUCAUAUGAUGAGCUCAAAGAGGUGAUUUCUAAGGGAAAAUGGGCAAGAGGUCCUUGGUCAGCGAGUGACAAAGAAGAGUUAAAGGUGAAAGAAGAAACAGGGGCGACCAUUAGAUGUUUCCCUUUUGACCAACCGCAAGGGACAAAAACGUGCCUUAUGACUGGAAAUCUGGCAGAGGAAGUUGCGAUUUUCGCUAAAUCUUACUGACAAGGAGCAGACCAUUUCCUUUUAUGCCAGUCAUCUUUGCACAUGGUGGCACUUGUAGUUGAUUUUUUCAAGGCUGCUGAUGAUAUUCUGAGUCUGUUUUAAAUCUGUGUAUAAGAUUAGCAGCUUACAAAUCGUUGUGAAUUUUCUGAUUUAUAUAGAAAUGGAGAAAUGCUAUUAAUUAGAGUUGAUGUUAAUAUAUUAGAGUGUUUAGGUUUUAACUUAUUUGGAAUUAAAUGGUUAAUUUUUCAAGUCUUACUGUAUUAUUUAACAAAAAUUGUCUGCAGCUAAAUGUAAAUGCAG